AUGAUAACUAUAUCUAUCUAUUGUUUCUUACUUAUAGGAAUAAUUAAAAACGAAAAACCAUGUCUAAGUCCAUGUCAAACAUGCAAUGGAGGAAGUGGAACUUGUAAGACUUGCAAAACUGGAUUUAUUUUGAAUGAUAAUAGUUGUAUUUGCUAACCAGGAUAUUAUACAAUUGAUUAAAUUACAUGUAUUGAAUGUCUUAAACCAUGUGCAACUUGUUUACCAAAUGGUGGAGGAUGUUCCACUUGUUUAGAUACAUCAAACUAAAUCGCUCCUAGUUGUUCAUGCAAAGAAGGAUAUAUCAUGAACACUUCAACACAUUAUUGUUAAAAUUGUCCAAACAAUUGUAAAAUCUGUAGUUCAACAUCAGUAUGUACUUAAUGCCACAAUAAUUAUUGGAAUAAUGGGGGUAUAUGUAGUCAAUGUCUAAAACCCUGUAUAAAUUGUUCAAGUAAUAGUAAUUGUAUUACUUGUAUUGAUACUUAACACUAAACACCACCUCAAUGUAAAUGUGCAGAAGGUUAUGUGAUGAAUACAGUAAGCUACAUUUGUGAUUUAUGCUAAUUCCCAUGUAAUACAUGUUAAACUACAGUAAAUCAUUGUUUAACAUGUGCUUCUACCUAUACAAUUAAUUCUACUGAUCAUAAAUGUUCCUGUUUAAAUAAUGAAUUUGAAUCAAAUAGUAACCCUAAAACAUGCUAAAGUUGUACUAGUCCAUGUUAGACUUGUUCUACAUCAGCUACUAAUUGUACAUCUUGUGUUAAUGGAUUAAAUAGAAAAUUAGAGAAUACUUAAUGUAUAUGUGAAGAUGGUUAUUAUGAAAAUAUUACAUGUGUACCAUGUUAAUUACCAUGUAUAAACUGUCUUUCAGAACUUGUAUGUACAUCAUGCAAGGAUCCAAUUCAUCAAUCAGGACCCUAAUGUGUAUGUCCUACAAAAUAUUAUAUGAAUACAUCUUUUAAUUGUGAAAGUUGCAUAUCUCCUUGCAUAAAUUGUAUUUCAGAAUUAUAAUGCAUUUCAUGUGAAUAAAAUUAUUAUAUCACUGGUUACAAUUGCAUUAAAUGUGAAUUGCCAUGUUAUAAUUGUGUUGAUAAUGCAACAAAAUGCAUUUCAUGUGCAUUUCCAAAUUAAAUAGUUUCAAAUGAUACAUGUGUAUGCAAUGAUGGAUAUUUUAUGGAUCCAUUAUUAUUAUCUUGCCAACCUUGCAUUCAUCCAUGCAGUAAAUGUUAAGAUUAUGGUAAUUAUUGUACUGAUUGUGCAAUAACAUUUGUGAUGAGUACUUCUAUUCCAAAUUCAUGUGUAUGUCCUAAUUAAACUUAUGAAGUAUUAACUAGUAUUCCAACAAUUUGCCAAUCAUGUACAUAACCAUGUGAUACAUGUUCAGGAACAACAAAUCAUUGUUUAACAUGUAUUGAUAUUAAUUAAAGCGUUGACACAUCACACUAAUGUUAAUGUAAUCCUGGCUAUACUAUGAUUGCAGUAAAUUGUAUAGUAUGUCUUAGUCCUUGUUUAUAAUGUUUAGGGAAUUCAAGUCAUUGUACUUAAUGUAAAGAUCCAUUACAUUAAAUAUCUAAUGGAGAAUGUAUAUGCCCUUCUGGAUAUUUGAAUGAUAAUGAUUAUAAUUGUAUACCUUGUUAAUCUCCUUGUUCUACUUGUUCAGUAAAUGAUACUCAUUGUGAUAGUUGCAUAGAUUCAAAUCAUGAAAUUAAUGAUACAUUUUAAUGUAUUUGUAAGGACACUUUUUAUUCUGAUACUCUUAAUACUUGUUAACAAUGUACAUAGCCUUGUUUUUUAUGUGAUAUUAAUGGAUGUUUAAGCUGUAUAGAUUCUAAUUAAAUAAUUGAUUCAUUUUAAAGAUGUGUUUGUAAAUAAGGAUAUUAUGAAGUUGGAGUUAAUUGUUUUUAAUGUGUUGUUCCAUGUUAAACAUGUGAAAUUAAUUAAGAUCACUGUUUAUCAUGUGUAGAUGUAAAUUAAAAUUUAAUCAAUAAUAAUUGUAUAUGUAAUGAUGGAUAUUUUGAAAUUAAUAAUAUAUGUUAGCAAUGUUAAUAUCCUUGUACAAAAUGUGAAUUUACAAAUGAUCAUUGCCUUGAAUGUUUAGAUAUAAAUCAUGAUUUAAUUAAUAAUAAAUGUAUAUGUAAAUUUGGAUUUGGAUCAUCAGGAAUUGAUCUUUUAUCUUGUUAACCUUGUGAGUAUCCUUGUCUUGAUUGUUCAACAAGUAUAAGUACUUGUAUAUCUUGCACUGAUAACAAUAUAUAUUAUCUUGAAGAUUAUAAAUGUUUAUGCAAAUAAGGUUAUUUUUAGGUUUUAAAUCAAUGUAUGAGUUGUUCACCUUAAUGCUCUAUUUGUGAAGAAUAACCUGAAAAAUGUUUGUCUUGUUCUGAUCCAAAUCACUAUCUUGAAUAAAAUAACUGUAUAUGUAAAUUAGGCUAUUAUUCAGAUAACAAUAUGAAAUGUUUUUAAUGUUAACUUCCAUGUGUUACAUGUAUUUCUAAUUAAGAUUAUUGUACAUCUUGUAUUGAUCAAGAUAAUCAAUUUCUUAAUGAUGGGAUAUGUCAAUGCAAGUAAGGAUAUUACAUUAAUAAUUUUAAAUGUGAAUUAUGCACUUAAUUUUGUAAAAAAUGUAAUUCUAAUGAUGAAUGCAUUUAAUGUUAAGAUGGUUAUAUAUUAUAAAAUGCUUUAUGUACAAUACCUAAAUGUAUUGAUAAUUAUUUUAUGAAUGACUAAGGAGAAUGUAUUCAAUGUAUAUAGAAUUGCUAAAUCUGUAACGACCCGACUAGUUGUCUUAGUUGUUUUGAUUAGUUUUAUUAUGAUAAUUAAUCAUGUAUUCCAUGUUCUAAUAAAUGCUAAACAUGCAUAAAUGAUUCAAAUUUUUGUACUUCUUGCAAAGACUUAAAUCAAUAAUUAAUUGAUAAUUAAUGUAUUUGCAAAGAAGGCUAUUAUGAAAAUGACUAAGCAUGUGAGUAAUGUGAUAAUAAAUGUAAAAUAUGUAAUAAUUUAUUAUUUUGUACUCUAUGUAAUUAAUUAGAACACCUAGUUUUGUCCAACAAUUAAUGCGUUUGUGAAGAUGGCUAUUUUGAAUUCAAUAAUAAUUGUUAAUUAUGUAAUAAAAUAUGUUAAACAUGCUCUUAAACAUCUGAUAAUUGCCUAAGUUGUAAUCAAUAAUUAAAUAGAAAAAAAGAGAAAAACACAUGUAUUUGUUAGAAUGGCUAUUUUGAAAAUGAAAAUUAAGAUUGUUGGCCUUGUAAUUCAGAUGAAGGUAAAAUUAUUAAGGAUUGCCAAUAUAAAAACUGCUCUGAUAAUAUUUGGACAUUUGGAGAAGAUUGUGAUGACGGAAAUGAUCUUCUUAGAGAUGGUUGUUCUAAUUGUUAAAUUGAUUAAAAUUAUACUUGCAUUAAUACUUUACUUAAGACUUCAUUAUGUUUUAAAUGUACUGAUAAUUGCAUUGAAUGUCAAAUGAAUGAAGUAAUAAAUUAAUUAGUGUGUAUAAAAUGCAAUUAUGGAUUUUACAUAUAAUAAAAUUAAUGUGUUAAAUGUGCUGAAUAAUGUUUAGAUUGUAAAACUAGUGCUUCUAAUUGCCUAAGCUGUAGAUAUUAAAACAAUAAAUUAGAUAAAUGUUAAUUAUGUCAAAGUAAUAGUGGUUAUUAUCCUGAUUAAUUUAAUAAUAAAUGUUAUACUAAAUGUGGAGAUUCAUUAAAAACUUCAGAGGAAGAGUGUGAUGAUGGGAAUCUAUUACCAGGAGAUGGAUGUAAUUAAUUUUGUAAAAUUGAGAAGAAAUUCCUUUGUUAAAAUGGAAUAUGUAUCAUUCCAGAAUAUCCUGUUCCACUAUUAUUCAGUUAUGGAGAUACUUCAUUGUAUAACAAAAUUAGAAAAUUUAAACUAGAAUAUAAUGUACUUGUAAAUGUUACUUAAGAUAGUAUGAUAGAAAAAUCAAUAAAAUUUUACAUCAAAAAUUAAUUAACAAUUAAUCCAAUAGAUAUUCCUUACUAAAUAUAAACAUAAUAUUCAUUAAAUAAUGAUAAUAAUGUUAAUUUUUCACUAAUCAUUGAAAUCCUAUUUAAUCGAAGUACAAAAAAUGAAAGACUUUUAAUUAAAUAUUAUAAUGGCUCUCAAAUUAUUUCACAUUAAGGAUACUAAUAAAUAACAACUGAAAUUGAGACUGUUAUUCAGGAAUAUAUUCAAAUAGAUUAAUCAGAAAUUGCUUAGGUUGGAACAGCUACAUCUAGUAAUUAGAUAUUAUUGUAUAUAAUGGCUGUUAUGGCAGGGGGAGCAAUAUUAUUUGGUGGCUUAGAAAUCUUUUAUAAUCUAUUAGAUACCAUCCAGAUGUUAUCUUACUUAAAAUAUAUCAACACUUAGUAUCCUUAUAAUCUGUAAUAAUUUUUUGAGUUUUUUGGUUUUGCUUAACUUAGUUUUAUCUCUAAAUAUUUAAAACUAUAAUAAUUAAUUGAUCCGUAUAUUGCUUAUGAAAAACUAAAACCAAUACCAGAGAAAAUAUAAUAGGAUGAUAUGAAUUCCUUAUAUAUCAUUAAUGGAUCAUCUAUAGUAAUUGUUUGGCUUUCUCUUUUGGGAAUUUAUAUUUUAUCUAAUAUUGUUCCAAUAAUAUUAUCUAGGAUUAGAUUGAAAUAUUACAAUGAGAUACCAGGAAAAUUAAAUUUUGAACUGAAAUGCAAAUUUUGGUUUCUAGCUCUGAAAAUUUAUAUUUUGGAAUUGUGCUGUAUGAUAGUAUAGGAAUUCUUUUACAGUGGUAUAAUAAGAACUUUUAUUGCAACUGCGUAUGAUUAUUCAUUUUCAAUGACCCUUUAACUAUCAGCUUUAGAAUUAGAUUCUUAAGAUAAUCUAGUUAAAUUGAGUUCUUAUUUAGCAUUAUUUGCUUUAGGAAUAUAUUUAUUUACUAUAUACUUAGUUACAAUGAAAUGUGGUGAUCCUAAUAUUUUAUUAGAGAGAAAUUAAAAUAAAUUUAAGUAUAUGUCUCUUUUUGAAGGAAUUAAAAAUAAAAUGUAUAGUAAAUAUUAUAAUGCAAUAAGUCUCAUCUAAAAAUUAUCUUUCAUUCUUAUUUUAAUAUUUGGUUAUCAAACACCCUUUUAUCAGACAAUUAAUUUAUUAAUUUUGUCUAUUUUAUAAAUUAUAUAUUUAUUUGUUUUUAAACCACUAGAUGACUAUAAAGAGUUCAUUAAACAAUUUACUUGUGAGAUUAACAAAGCCAUUGCAAUAUUAUUUAUCUUAGGGUUAGUUUUUGAUUAAGAAUCAAAAACUUUAAGCGAUGACUUGCGAUCAAUUAUUGGAUGGAUUUGCAUUGGCAAUAUAAGUUUUAUUUUAGUAAUAUAAAUAAUAAUUGACGCUAUUCAACAAUGGAUGCUUUUAAUUAAAAAGUAUAAAAAACUGAGGAGAUAUGCACAGAAAUUUUAUAAUUUUUUUGUACCACCUCCACCAAAUUAGGUUGACCAUCGAAUCUUUACAAUAGGAGAUUUUGAAAAUACAUGA